AUGGGCCUGGGGUUGGAUGUCCAGUGCUUACCAGUCAGAGCGAGUGCCACGAGAAAGAGACGGGCGCCAGCCUUAGGGCAAACGAUGAAGAGCCAUUCAGAGGGUAAACCCGUAAAGACGCUGAUCGGCUGCGAGUCGCAAUCAAGCUCACCUUCUGAGGGUGAAUCCCUGCCCCAAGGGCUGCCUGCACUCAGAGCUCGCGACUCGCCUGUUGUGAGCGUUAUACUGCGUACGCCAAAACCAGUCUUCGCUUCAAAGGUGAAUACUCACAACGAAGAAGAAGAGCACGAGUCCGCCAUCGCGAAUCAAGUAGCGAACGGUCUCGACGACAAUGUUGUCGCUCCACCUCUGUCCCUCGCGGGGAAUGAGAGGCUCGCCGGACGCAAUGUGGCCGAUGGAGCGGAUCAGGAUGCUGUAACCGAGGAAGAUGCCGAUGGCGAGUGGCAUACAGUCGAUGUACACGAGGCGCUGUGUGAAGACGCGGAGGAUCGAAUUGACGUCAAGAUCCGGCUUGUAGAGCACCGAGAGGAUAGACAUCAUGAAGUGGCCGUGCAGGAGGUCGAGGAAGAGGUGGAAGCAGUACUCCUUCGGCCACCGCGGGCCGCGCUCGAGGUACGGCGUCAGAACGUUGAUGAGACCUUCAAUGCCAAGCGAAAUGGAGACGACGCAGAAGUGAGGCCACACGCCGCUGGUGGUUAG